UACAAACAAAACGGAAAAAAGGAGCAGCGCAGGACACACCGGAAAUUUGCUGAUAGUGAAAUAAAAUUUUUGAAAUUUCAUUGUAAUUAAUUAAUGGCUCACCUGGAAAAGUGCCGCGUCUGCUCCUGUGGAGUGGCUAGUGACGACGAAGCUUACAAUUUACUGCUACAACCACUCCUUGCCGUUAAAUUUUCCGAAUGCACUAAUUUGGUGGUGGAUCCUGAUGACCGAGAUGUUCUUCCCAGUGAGAUUUGUUCCGAGUGUUAUGAGCUUUUGGAAAAAUUUCACUCCUUUCGGGCAUUAUGCAUUAUCGCUGACAAUAAAUGGCGCAUGACAGGUCUGUUUGCUAACAAAAAUAUAGAUAGCAGAAGCCCCGUUUAUGAGGUGGAGGAUGACGAAGAGGAGAAUGAGAUACAAGCUCUUUUUCAAGCCCCAGAGUUAAUAAUUUGCGAUACCAACUUAAAGCCCGAGAAUAAUGUCAAUGAGCAAUUAAAAGGGCGAUCUAUCAUCAAAUUAGUGGAGAAUAAAUCAGAAUCGGAAAAUGAAGCUUUGGAAGAACCCCCACUAACAACUUUCAAGUGCGACCUUUGCGACGACGAAUACAGGGAUGAAAGACGUCUUAUGCUCCACAAGAAAGAGCACGAAGGACACAUGCUCUACCAUUGCACUGAGCCUGGUUGCCAGAGCGCUUUCAGCCGAUUUGAUAAUUUGAGGCAGCACGAACUAGAGCACUCGGAGGUGGGAACGCGAUAUGCCUGCGAAGAGGACGGCUGCAACAAGAUGUACCGGCACAAGGCCUCCCUUAAACAUCACCAGAGUAAGGCUCAUGAUAUUGGCACUCCUUUAAAGAUGCACAUGUGCGAAUUCUGCGGUCGGCAGUUUAAAAAUGGUUCGGCCUUGAGUCAACAUCGGUUCACACACAACGAUCAAAUGAUAUUGCCAUUUGCUUGUGAAAUGCCGGACUGUUCAUUGCGGUUUUACAGCAAGGAGAAGCUCAAGAUUCACAUGAUGCGCCACCAGGGUAUUAAGAACUUUAGCUGCCCUUACUGCGGCCUCAAGAAGACCACAAAGAACGAAUUGCGUUUACAUAUCAACUAUCAUACCCUGGAACGGACCUGGUCCUGUAAGGAUUGCCCCAAAGUUUGCAACAGUUCAACAAGUCUCAAGAAGCAUGUUCGCGCUAUUCACGAAAAGGCUCGCGAUUAUGCCUGUCACUAUUGUGAGAAGAGCUUCGCCACCUCGGAUACCCGGAAGUACCACGAGAUGACCCAUACUGGGGAAAAGAACUUUGAGUGUCAUGCAUGCGGCAAAAGGUUUAUACAACCAUCUGCCCUGCGCACUCACCGUAAAGUUCACGAAAUUCAAGAGGAUCAGCAGACGGCUUUUACCAUCUUGCAAGUAACUAAUUUGGUUUAAAAACGGUAACACCUUCGUUUAACUAUUUUGUAGUUAAGCAACGACAUUUACUCAAUUUACAAGCAGAUAACCAAUAUUUAUUAAUCUAUUUAAUAUCUCAAGCAAUUUGGCUAAUGCCAAACUAACGUAAAGAUGGACAAUAAUUGUGGAAAAGGAAGACGGAUCAGGAAGAGGACCAGCAGUCAGAUUUUACUAUGCUGCAAGUUACAAAUAUGGAUUAUAAACGCUAAUACCUUUGAUUAGCUAUAUCAUAGUUAACAACGAAAUUUACUCGCAAAACAAAUUUAUAACCGAUAUUUAUAAAACAAUUUGAUAACGAAAUUAAGGACAAUAAUUCAGGAAAUUUAUGAUCAGGAAGAAGAUCAGCAGUCAGUUUAUAACUAUCAUAUCAGUGGGUAAUAUGGAUUCAAAACGAUAAUAACUACGAUUAGCUAUUUUAUGGUUAACCAACGAAUAUUACAAGAUUUACAAAACAAUAACUAAUAUAUAUAUAUCAAUAUAUUUAAUAUCUCAAUUAAUUGGAUAUUCGACAAUAACGUUAAUAAGGACAAUAAUUCCAAAAACGUAGGAUCAGGAAGAGGUUUGCAAGUAACUAAUAUCGAUUUAUGACACUAACCAUUUACAGUAUCUACACAUAUUUUAUAGUUAACAGCGAAUUUUAAUCGCUCUACAAAUUUAUAACCCAUAUUUAUAUAUAUCUACUAAAUAUCUAAAGACAAUAAUUCAGGAAUUGCAGGAUCAGGAAGAUGAUUGCAAAUGAAUACAAAUUUAUAAUCAAUAUUUAUAUAUAUAUCUAUUUAAUAACGCAAUUAAUUAAAAAUUGCCAAAUAACCUUAAAAAAGGACAAUAAUCAGGAAGAGGAAUAAUAUGGAUUAUAAACUAAUACCUUGGAUUAACUAGUAACAUAGUUAACAACGAAUUUUAAUCGUUCCACAAAUGUAUAACCAAUAUUUAUGCAACUAUUUAAAUAUGCAAUUACUAUAAAUAAUCACAAACUUCCGUAAAUAAGGACAAUAAUUCAUUAGAUGUAAGCUAUAAAGACUUUAUCUUUCAAAUGUGAUUUGAGUUUUCAAUCGUUUUCGAUUGUUUGAUUUGUGUUUAAAAUUAAAAAUAUGUUUUUAUAUAAUAAUUUAAAGUAAGAUUGCCAUGCAAAUCUUUAUAAGUCUAUCAAGUUAUGCAAUUGAUUGGAAAAACUUUUGAAAAAUUUUCUUAAAAAGGAAAUGUAACUUAUGAUGUGAUUUUAGUUCUUCAUCUUCUAAGCUUUGUUUUUAUGAUUUAAGUUAAAAUCUAAGUUAGUUGAGUUUAAAACUUGUUUUUUUUUUAUCGAUAAUAUACACAUACUUAAUGAAAAAUAAAAAUAUAUUCUUAAUAUUUAAGAUACUUACUGUAGAAAAUCGAAUUCUUCCAAUAAAGAACAACUUCCUUUUGGGAUUCAGAAUGUAAAUAGCAA